GGUGAAUAAAAUGGUGGACGUGGUGACCACUCGGAUGAUGGGCACCUUUAACAGGUUUGCGCCACAAGAUGGCCAACGAACGGAGUCUCUUGCUACUAUCAGUAGUCUCAAGAGAUUUUCCAUCGAACAAAGAUACAAGAGGAGUCUCACAAGGGAAGCAGAACUUAAAAUGGACGUAAUUCAUUAUGCGAUAGAAUUAUUGGGCCCUGCAGUAAUCAAGAAAGACAAGGUGAAUAACGAAGAGAUAAUAAAGCCAGUUUCUAUGUUACCAAAUGUUAUAGAGUUAGCGUAUUACAGUAACGUGGUUUUACCGUAUUAUGCCCUUCAGUCGGUUGUCGCUUUGGCCCUCAACAAUUGCUGCAACCCCCAAUUCGCGUACAUCUUCGAAAACGAUCUUGUUGAAUCGUCGAUGGACUUGUGUGAAAUUCUACAGUUCGAGUUUAUUUUUCACAAACCGUGCCAAAGUUUAGACGUUUGCAUUUUGGAUUGUGUCGAUGAUUUUAUUGUUAAGAGGGAAGUUUUGCAAAGGGAUAAUAUUAAUUCCCAAGAUUUGGAAAGAGGCCGGAGACUAGCACAAGAACUUUUCGAUGAAGAUGACGUGUUGGAUGGUGAAGAAGAGGGUGAUAGAGGACAAAACAUGCCGAAACUUCUAAUCAGUUCGGAGGAAUUUGCCAAGGGGACACUAGAGUUUUUACGCAAUCUGCUUUUGCCUCUCAUAGAGGCUUAUUCGGUAACAGCUUUCUGCUUGGAGAAGCUCGUUGGUAGAUCUAUGCUUGAAGGCGAUCUUGUCAAAGACGUUGUAAAAGAAAUGAGGCGGCAGGUCGACAGCGGAGUCCUAAAGCAUGAAGAAUGUGUGUCGAGUGACUCGGUAAAAAAUGCCAUCAAAUUAUUUCAAAAGUGGGAGGUUUUAGAGUGCCACAGUGAACAUAAACUUAGGCUUUAUUAUCUUAAAGAUAUGUAUGACGACAGUGAGGCGAUUAUUGCGAUUAGACAGAGGAUUGACAAAUAUCGAUUUGUAAAUGAUUCCGAAUGAUAACUAUAAGUAUAAAUAUUUUAAAUCUCCGAAAGAACUAAUCGUCACACAGAAAGAGUUGUUUUUCACAACAUCUAAUUAAGAAAAAAUAAAAACAGUAGAAUAGGAAUAUUUUAUACAAAACACUAAUAAUAUAAUUUUAAUGGCUACGUUGAGAACGUGAUUUUUUUUAUAAGCGAAUGAAAUAAAUAAGGCCAUACCGUAAUUAUUAAGAGAUUAUUUGUAGCAGUAGGAACAAUCAGUUGGUGCAGGAGAAAUUAGCACUCAUUAUUAUGUUCGUGUAGAAAUGAUCUGUGAUACAAAAAAGUCCUAUGAUAAUUGACAAUAAAGGCGUUCAUUUUUA